AUGAAUGAUGAUAGUUGGAAAAAUGAUCAUGGUAAGAAUUAUCGCAAUAAUGAUGAUAAUCACAAAGAGGAGGAUAAAAGCAGGGACAAUAAUGAUAAGAACGGUGAUAAUAAUAGGAACGGUGAUUAUGAAAAUAAAAUGAAUGAUGAUAAUGAGAAAAAUGAUGAUAACAGCCAUCGCAAAGAUGAUGAUAAUCACAAAGAGUGUGAUAAAAGCAGUGAGGAUAAUGAUAAGAAAAAUGAUGAUGAUAAUAGAACGAAUGAUGAUAAUGGAAGUAAUGAAGAUAAUAAUCAUGAUAAGAAUCAUCGUAAUGAUGAUGAUGAUCACAAAGAGGAUGAUAAGAGCUGCGAUGAUAAUAAUAAGAAAGAUGAUAAUAAUAGGAAUUAUGAUGGUGAUAAUGGGGAAAAUGAUGAUAAUAAUCGUGAUAAGAACGUUAGCAAUGAUGGUGAUUAUCCCAAAGAGGAUGAUAAGGGCAGUGAGGAUAAUGAUAAGAACAAUGAUGAUGAUAAAAGAACGAAUAAUGAGAAUGGGAGUAAUGAAGAUAAUAAUCAUGAUCGGAAUCAUCGUAAUGAUGAUGAUCACAAAGAGGAUUAUAAGAGCAGCGAUGAUAGUAAUAAGAACGAUGAUAAUAAUAGGAACGAUGAUGAUGAUAAUAGGAAAAAUUAUGAUAAUAAUCGCGAUAAAAACCCUCGCAAUGAUGAUGAUAAUCAUAAAGAGGAUAAUAUGAGCAGUGACGAUAAGGAAAAGAACAAUGAUAAUGAUAAGAGAUCGAAUGAUGAUAAUGGUAGUAAUGAUGGUAAUAAUCAUGAUAAGAAUCAUCGAAAUCAUGAUGAUAAUCACAGAGAGGAUGAUAAGAGCAGUGAUGAUAAUGCUAAGAACAAUGAUAAUGAUAAUAGAUCGAAGAAUGAUAAUGGGAGUGAAGAAGAUAAUAAUCAUGAUAAGAAUCAUCAAAAUUAUGACGAUGAUAACAAGGAGGAUGAUAAGAGCAGCAAUGAUACGAGCAGCGAUGAUACGAGCAGCGAUGAUACGAGCAGCGAUGAUACGAGCAGCGAUGAUAAGAGCAGGGGUGAUAAGAGUAGCGAUGAUAGUAAUAAGAGCGAUGAAGAUGAUAAUAGAAUGAAUGAUGAUAAUGGGGAAAAUGAUGAUAAUAAUAAUGAUAAGAGCCAUGGCAAUGAUGAUAAUCAUAAAGAGAAUGAUAACAGCAGUGACGAUAAUAAUAGAAGUAAGGAUGAUAUUAGGAAUGAUUGUGGUAAUAGUAAAGAUGUUACUUUGAGCCCUAGAUCAAGACUAACCUCCUCUUUUUUAUUAAAGGAAAAGAGCAGUAUUUUGAAUGAAUCAUCGAAUAACAACUUCACACCUCAAGUUUAUUCAUCACCAGCCGCCUUUAUAUCGAAUGAUGUAGAAAUUGAGCAUGACAAGGUUUUGAGUUUUGAGUCAGCAAAGAAGCUUAAUUUAUUAAAGAAUAGCAACAGUAAUGAUCUUAAGAAAUCUUCCGAAGCUGAUUCCUCCUCAGAUGCUAUUUUAUUGAACGAAACAUGGAUUAAUCAACCUAUAAUGAACCUUAGCUUAUAUAUGAGCAUCAGCAAUGCUAUAGACUUGCAGAUGGAUGAAUUACAGAAAGAAAGGAAUAGUGAAUGCCGCAUACCAUAUUUUUGUAGUUUUAAUUUCGCAGAUUAUAAAUCAAUCUUUUCAAGCAAUGAUGCAAAGGAGUUAAUGGAAAAUGAAUUGAAAAAGAGUGAGGAACGGAGCAAAUUGUGUGUUUUGAGCUUUGUAUCAACUCUACGUAAUGUAUUACAGCUGAACAACAGUGACGAUAAAGAGUUAUCAAAUGAAAUGGUGAAAAAAAAGGAUAAAAACAUUGAUAAAUCAUUUUUCUCAACAAAUGAACUGUUAAAAAGUCGUGAAAAAGUAUUUGUUAGUAGCAGUAAGGCAGGCUCAGUAUUAAGAAAAUCUUUUAAAAGUAGUGGCGAAUCAGAUGGUAAAAAUCUUAAAGUCCAUUCUGUGUUGAAGGAUUUUUUGAAGAAUCCUACCGAUGAAAAAAUUAAUGAAACCAAUCCACAGUUAAUGCAGUCUGGAUAUGAUAAAACUUACUCGGUUUUUAAGGAAUCGUCAAGUAAUAGUAUAAAUAUCAAACAAGAUCCUGGCUCAGGUUUGCCUGAACGCACUCCAUACAAUGAAGAAUACACUAGUUCAGAUUUGCAAGAAUAUGAAUGGUUAGAUUCUUUGUUAGAAAAUGGAAUAAAUAUGUCCUUUUCUCAGUAUGAUAUUAAUGUGGAGCCUUCUCCAAUUGAUAUUUCACCCAAGAAAAAAGUUAGAAUUGAUUAA